ACAGCUCGGAGAAUGCCGUACGAGCCGCAAAUCACCUUCGAUGACAAACUCAAAGUGUGGAGUGGAGGCGAACGAUCUAACUAUUUCGCUCCGCACCUUUCCAUUGGGGAGAUCAUCUUUAGGGAGAUGGAAAGACACCCAAAGCUCAUUGCUCAGAUCUCAGCCACAGAGAAUACCAUUUUGACCAGGGAAGAGGUUCGUCUCAAUGCGAUGCGAGUGGCUAGCUACAUGCGGCGACUUGGCUUAAAGCAAACGGAUAUCGUGGGACUCAUAGCCAGGAACACCACGCAUCUGGUGGCCGUGGCCUAUGCCUGCUUCUUCAAUGGGAUGCCGUUCCACUCGCUGAACAUCUCCUACGAGCAGGAAACCAUUGAGAAGCUGUUCAGCAUCACCAGACCCCGACUGAUCUUCUGCGAUGGAGAUGAGUACGAGAGAGUGGUGGCUGCCACCGAAACCCUCAAGCUGGAUGCCACAAUCAUAACCAUGCGUAAUCACCCAUUGAGUUCUCUUCGUAUUCAGGAUAUUCUGACCACACCCAUUGAGGAGAACUUUCAGCCAUCCCAUCUGGAGCAAGGCCCCGACCAGAGCUUGGCGAUUCUUUGCUCAUCUGGUACCACGGGCGUACCCAAGGCGGUUACUGUAACCAACAGUCAGAAUUGCAUAUUCCCUGGUUUCCUCGUCCCCACGGAUACUGUUCAGUACACGCACAGCACCUUGGAUUGGUUUUCGGGCCUCUCCGCCAUCAUCAACGCUGGAGUGUUCAGCACUACAAAUAUCAUUGCCGACAAUGACUUUGAUCCCGCCUUCAUGUGUCGCAUGGUCCAAGAGUACAAAAUCGGGUUAGUCUUUCAGUGUUCCUCCCACAUGGCAAUGCUGGCCAACUGCCCGGAGCUCGAUGAAGCUGAUCUGUCGAGCAUCGAGCAUUACAUUUUCGGUGGCUCCCGCUGCUCCCUCCAUAUUCAGAAUCGACUGCGUAGCCGCCUCAAGGGGCAGCUCAUCUUCAGCUAUUCCAUAACAGAGCUGAACAGCACUGGCACCUUGAACCUACACUUUGAUGAAAAGCCCAACUCAGUGGGUCGCCCAGUCCCUGGCAAUAAGAUCAAAAUAGUCAAUGAGCAGGGUGUGGCUGUGGGCCCAAGUGAAGUGGGUGAAGUGUGCCUCUUCAAUGGCCAGCAUUGGUCUGGCUAUUAUGGCGACCCAGCGGAGACGCGUACGAUUCGAGACUCUGAGAAAUGGUUUCACACCGGAGAUGUGGGCUGCGUUGAUGAGGAUGGAUUCCUCUUCAUAGAUGAUCGCAAAAAGGACAUGCUCAAGUACCAAAACAUCAUGUACUACCCCAACGAGAUAGAGACAGUCAUCUCGCAGAUGCCCAGCGUGGCCGAGGUCUGCGUAUUUGGCAUUUGGAAUGCGGACAAUGGCGAUGAGGCGGCAGCCUCUGUGGUGAAGAGGCACGGCACCCAUCUGCACGCCCAGGAUGUUUCAGACUUUGUAAGGAAACACAUCGGGGCCAAGUACAAACAGCUAAACGCUGGCGUCAUCAUUGUAGAUGAUCUGAAGCGAAGUGGGAAUGGCAAGACGAAUCGACGCGCCAACAAGGAGCACUUUCUGAAUGUUCAAAGGAGCAAAUAGCUUUGAGUUCUUUUUCCUAGCAUAAAUCUUUGAUUAUUAUUCCGCGUAUUGUGUAUUUUUGUUUGUAAUUAAAUCUAUUAUUU